AUGCGACGAGUCAAUCAUUGCAGCAAAUCGACUUUAUUCCAAAUACUUCGUUUUUUGUCAACGGAAACGGCGGCUGCCAAAGAAUUUAACGAAAUCCCAGGACCAACAUCUCUGCCACUGGUCGGCACCCUUUACCAAUAUUUACCUAUAUUUGGUAAGUACAAAUUUGACCGAAUACAUCACAAUGGGUUGGCGAAACUCCGUCAGUACGGACCGGUUGUCCGGGAAGAUAUUGUGCCCGGCGUGUCCAUAGUGUGGAUAUUCAAACCGGAAGACAUCGAGACGCUGUACCGGAAAGAAGGCAGGUACCCAGAAAGACGUAGUCAUUUGGCAUUACAAAAGUACAGAUUGAGCAAACCAGAUGUGUACAACACUGGAGGACUUUUGCCCACAAAUGGUUCGGAUUGGUGGAGACUUAGAAAAGCGUUCCAAAAACAUUUGAGUAAGGUACAAUGCAUCAAACGGUACGUGGAUAGUACGAACACGGUGGUUGGAGAAUUUAUAGAUCGAAGGAUAAAACGCGCAGAACGCAGAGACGAUUUCGGCCCCGAACUAUCCAGGCUCUUCCUAGAACUGACGUACUAUAUCGCAUUCGACGAGCGACUACAGCGGUUCAAAGACGAAGAAUGGGACUCAGAUUCGGAGUGUUCGAAACUGAUCAAGGCGGCUCAUGACAUAAACAGUGCGAUACUGAAGACCGAUAAUGGACCACAACUAUGGAGAAAGUUUGACACCCCCAUGUAUAAAAGUAUACAAAAAGGACACGAACAAAUUGAAAAAAUUGCGCUUAAAGUUGUAAAUGAAAAAUUGAUCAGUAUUAAAACGACAGACUCCAAAACAUCAUUGUUGGGAGAAUACUUGAGCUCAGACGACACGGAUUUCAAAGACGUCAUUGGAAUGACUGUUGACACUUUGUUAGCUGGAAUCGACACGGCGACGUAUUCGUGUGGUUUCGGACUGUACCAUCUGUCAUCGAAUCCGGACGUUAGGAAGAAAAUGUUCGAUGAGGCUCGGGCCCUGCUACCGGACAGCCACACACCAGUCACCGAUAGGGUGUUGGAGCGAGCCGUGUACGCGAAAGCGGUCGUCAAGGAGAUGUUCCGGAUGAAUCCGAUAUCGGUGGGCGUCGGCCGGAUACUGCCCGAGGAAUGCGUGUUUUCCGGGUACAGAGUCCCCGCAGGAACGGUCGUCGUCACACAAAACCAGGUGAGCUGCCGUCUGGAAGAAUACUUCCGGCGACCCAACGAAUUUGUGCCAGAGAGAUGGAUAAAGGGCAGCGCCGAAUACGAGCCGGUCAGUCCGUAUUUGGUUUUACCUUUCGGCCACGGGCCUAGGACGUGCAUAGCUAGACGUUUGUCUGAACAGUUCCUACAGGCCGUGCUCAUAAAAAUCGUCAGAAAUUUUGAUAUGACAUGGACGGGAGCAAAGUUGGACAGUAAAUCAUUAUUAAUAAACAAACCGGACGGACCGAUAUCUAUAUUAUUCAAGACCAGAGACUGA